CUCAGAGAGGAGGUGUGGUCUCGGGUAGAGGGGAAAGAGAGAGAAAGAGAUAAUACAGCGAGGAAAGAAGACUCUCCGGAAGAGCACAGAUACAGAUACAGACAGUGGAGGACUGUGUGAAUGUGAGACUCGGGGCUCUGGAGAAGAAGCAGAAGAGACGUCGAGGUUCUACAGCCCAGGUUCUACAUUAAGAAGAUGUUUGCCAAAGCGACCAGUAAAUUUGUGACUGAGAUCGACCCUGAUGGCUGUCUGAUCCCUGUGUCCCGACUGAACGAGUCGGACAACCUCACGCUCACGUCGCUGGUCAUUAAGCGCAGUCGCUUCUGGUUCUGGCAGCGACCCAAAUACCUACCAUCAGACUUUACCCUCAAUGAUAUACUGCAGGGAGAAACUAAAAUAGAUCCAGGUUUGAUUGAAACAGAUUUUCUGAAGUAUAACAGUACAUUAGAAAAUAAUACCAGUGGAGCAGCUGAAGCAGGCUUUGGUCCAGGUAACGUAAAUCUGUCAGGAAAAGGUUCAUCCAAGCUUGCUUCUUCAUUUGGAAACCUCAAAAAGCAGGAACUGGAUCUACAAAAAGUGCUGGAUCAAACUAAAGACAGAGUUCUGGACAUGCAGCACUCUCUGAUCCAGCAGACACAGCAGAAGCGUACGGAGGUGUUUGCGCUGGUGAAGGAGCGCAUCGUGACCACACAGCCCUGCACCGUUACUGAAGAAGUGCAGGAGGGGGGAAGCUGUGGAGCCUUUUUUGGGCUCACUGUGCCCAAGAAGAUUAGUGUUUCAGUGAAGAAUGGCAGCCAUCAGUCUGACAGUAAUGUUUCAGUAGAAAUCCCAGCCAAGACUGCCCUCGCUUACUGUCUGAUCGAGCUCAGUGUGAAGGCCACGGGUCAAUUCGAGCUGUGUCUAAUGCCGGACACCUACGGAUCCAUGGAGGUGGACGGGCCUGUAAAGAAGAAUGUGGCCAUGGUCUACGGCGCACCACCCCAAACACCAAACAAACAGCUGCAGAGAGAGUUGAAUGAACUGCAGUCCCAGUUUGCCAUACUCUCAGGACUUCCGGCCAGCACACGCUCCAGCCUCCUCCAGCAGCUCACUGCCCUCCUGAAGGACAAAACCGCCAUCAGUGCACUAGACCUUGCAAUAGAGGAUCUGUGCUGCGGUAAGAAGCCUGAUCUGAGCACCCUGGAUAAAACCCCCUCCCUGAAAGCAGCAGUGAAGACCACCCUGGAGCUUCUUCAGAGCAGUAACCCCACAUCUCACAGCAAAUCUCCACAGAAAAGAAACUCUUCUGAGGAUCCGCUUAAGCCUUCCAUCUUUACUUCUGCCAAUGUCCUCACCAGUGCCUUAGACGAAAUGACUGACUCAACCCUCUUACUGCUGAAAUCCUGCUGCCAGUCCUCCAGCAUACAUGCACUGCAAGCCCUGGUGCAGAAUGUGGUUGGGAAUAAGACGUGUUCUCUGAAGGACCGCAGUGUCUCUGCUUUAGCUGAGGAGAAGACGUUCAGCAGAGUGAAGGCACUCUUUGACUCCUCCAACAUCACGCUGUGUAAAGAGGAAGACGCUGUGAGAGCAGAGAUCAGAAGCCAGCAGGGACAUGCUCCUCUCAUCCUGUGCAUCGCCAUCCGUGGUCUGGCCUGUUUAGCGACACCUGCCUGAUCUGGAUGUGUGCUCAGGACAGACUGACAUUUUAAAUAAACAGUAAACAGCAUGUUUGGUAGGACCAAGACAAUCGUUGUAACUGUGAAAGCUUGUUUUUUAGACGCAUCUUCCUAAUUUGUUUUUUAAUAAUUAUGGGCAUUUUUAUAUUUUUAAUGAUUAUUCAAGUUCAGGUUCAUCAAACUCCCCUUUUCUGCCUUUUUUAAAACUGUAAAAUGAAAAAGUUACUCAUUUGUAAUAUAAAUUUUUACAUAUGUGUUGUUUUCUGAGGUUUUAUAUUUUUUAUUUUUUGUAAAAUAACUUUGCAUAUCAGUCCAAAUCAUGUGUUUAAUGUCCUUUGUUUGUGUGAAUUCUUACAGUAAAACAUGCAUGUCAGUGCUUCCUCAACUAGAACAAAAAUAAAUACUUUGAUUUGUACAUAAAUAUUGUCCUUUAGAUUAAAUUUACGUAACUUUAAAAUAAGAA